CUGUCAUCUAGGAAUAUUCCAUCAUCUUGUUUAUGUAGCCAAUGCAUCAAUCUGUGUUUUUCUCUUUCUCAGCUCCAUUGGUGAAUGAAGGCUGCUGAGGAUAGAUAAGACCCUUCAUUCAUAACUCACCAAAAUUCACAUGGCCAUGGCUUUGAACAGUGUAAUCCCCCACACCAGAGCUUUAAGCUUAAGCACUUCCUUGCCUUCUUCUCCUCACAAAAAGCCUUCACCCCCUCAAUUUCCACACCCUCAAACUCGUCGCUCUGCUACUCAAAUUGUCCAGACCGCUGCCUCCUCCUCCACCAAGGCCACCCUCUCUGACCUUGAACUCCAACUUCAUGAGGAUCAUAGCAGAAGCCUCAAUCCGACCUCCACUUCUGCCUCUGCGUGGUCCGAAUUUGCCAGAAAUGUAUCGGGUGAAUGGGAUGGCUAUGGAGCAGACUUCACAACCGAAGGGAUCCCAAUUGAACUCCCGGAAAUGGUUGUGCCUGAUGCUUACAGGGAGUGGGAGGUUAAGGUUUUCGACUGGCAGACUCAGUGUCCCACUCUUGCUGACCCGGAAGACCAAGUUCUUGCCUACAAGACGAUAGAGCUACUUCCCACGGUUGGAUGUGAAGCCGAUGCUGCUACGCGGUACAGCAUCCUUGAGAGGAAUGUGGGUGGUGUGGACAACAAAGUUGCUGCAUUUGCCUAUCAGUCUAGUGGGUGUUAUGUGUCUGUUUUGCCGGUGGAGGAUAAGAGUUCGAAUAAGUUGUUGGAAUUGGAGUAUUGUUUGAUCAGUCCUCAAGAUAAGGAGUCUCGUAUGAGGAUAAUUCAGGUCAUUCGCAUAGACAAUACGAAGAUGAUAUUGCAAAGUCUUAGAGUUCUUUGUGAACAGUGGUAUGGACCGUUCAGAAAUGGGGAGCAAUUAGGCGGAUGUGCCAUCCGUGAUUCUGCUUUUGCUACUACGCCUGCAUUGGAAGCUUUGAAAGUUGUUGGUACUUGGCGGAGCUCCAGUUCUGUUGCCAAUUUUAGUGGUUCUCAAAAUAACUUUCUUCAAGAACUUUUAGGCGACAGUGAGCAGAUCUCAGCAAGAGAUGAAAGUGGUCUCAUAUUGCUUCCCAAGCAAUUGUGGUGUUCAGUAAAAGAAGGUAAAGAUGGCGAUACGUACAGCGAGGUGGGGUGGUUAUUAGAUCAAGGACGUGCCAUCACAUCAAGAUGCACAUUCUCAAGCACCGCAACUCUGAAGGAAAUCUCAAUAGCCUCUGAAACUGUAGCUUGAACGACAGAUGGCCUUUUAUGACAUUGUGGAUCAGCUUCAUUAUGGAACAAUAAUAGUGAUGAUGCAAGUCAACUUCAAACACAUAGAACUGAUAAGCAAUGUAUCUAAGUUUUUUCUUUUUUCCUCCAAUAGAUGGAUUACAAUAAGCUCUGCAUCACAUGGCCUAUCGUCGUUUAGCUACAACACUUCGUCUCCAAUUUGGGUUCAAAUUCAUAGUAUACAGCACAUGCUCUGGAUCCUGCUGAUUCCCA